UGACCUAGCGUUUUUUUUUGUGAUAUUAAUCAACUACAUUUUAUUUAGAUGGACAUUUACUUAUUAAUUUUUUUUUUUUAAUGAAGUUUUUGAUGGAAUUCUGUAUGCGUAUUUUAUUUUUAAGUGCACAUGUUAUAGUUAUUGACUUAUUGUCCAAUUUUUUUUAUUUUAUUUAUUUUUAUUUUUGAUGGAAAGUGUUAUUGUCCUAAUUGAUUGUAGAGGUUGGGCGCCAAGCUUAGAACCCCACCCUCGUACCCUUCCUCUUCUCUGUUUGUCUUAUUAUUUGUUGUUGCCACCUUUUACCUCAAAUCAUCAAUCCAUAUUCUUUCCUUGUCUCAUCUCAUCUAUAAUCCAAUUCGAACUAAAAACUCUAAAAUACAAAAAUAAAAAACAAAAAUUUGGAGCUAAAAAUAGAAUCCAAUCCAUCCAUGGCUCUUUCAGCCUUCAAAUCCUCAUCUAGAAGAAACAAUAUCACAACUCCUCCUUCUUCUUCUUCUUCAACAAUCCCCAACAACAAUGGCAGACGCACCCCUGAUAUUUCAGCCAAGAGACAAGCCGCAGCUCGGAGAUCCAGAAGCGUCAGCGCCUUAUCCAGGACUACCUCCGACUUCUCAAACGCCUCCAUUGAUUUCCUCAACAAGAGAGACAACCCUCUAUUCUCCGCCACUCCUUCCCCUCCGGACCUCGAUAACCCCGCUCCCACCGACUCCAGGCCGAGCACCGUCUCCGCCGAUAGUCGGAGGGGACGAUCGGUUUCUAGGAAUGACAAUGCUUCUUUGGGGGCAACCAAAGAGGUGGGUCGGACUCUGUCGAGGGUGGAUACCGGUCGCCGCAAUCGAUCUGUGUCCAGAUGUCCUGGUCCUAGGAAGUCUUACAUGAAUUCCGAGAGUGAAGCUGAGCUAGAAUGUAGUCCAGUGAAGAGUUUCGGGAGUAAGAAUUUGAAUUUAGAUGAGACUAAACGUUUGGUUAGAACUGGAAGUACUGAUCAGUUGAAAGGUCUAAGGACAUGGUCUAGUCAACAUUCUGACAUAGAGCCCUCACAUGAUUCUGGUGUGAGUUUGUUUUCUUCACAUCCAAAAACUUCUAGGGGAGAUGGAGCUUCCUCCACGAGCUCUUUGUUGGGAGUUGAAGAGAAAACCAUUAAAGCAGUGUGUGAACAGAUGAAGUCAGACCGGGAUUCUUUGGAUGGUGAUGCUUCUACUGUUGGUAUAUAUGAAACUGUACGAUCUGAAGUGAGGCGUGCUAUAUCUGAAAUCCAAAAUGACCUUGAAAAAGCGAUCAGAAGGAGUAAUACAUCUUCAAUCGUUAAUUCCAACAUAACUGAUAUUCCUCCUGAUCUGGUAAAUCCAAGUGCAGUUGAAUUAGUUUCAGAUAUAAGAAGAGAAUAUGCUGAAAAACUUGAACAGUCCAAGGAACGGGCUAGACAACUUCGAGGAGACCUGGCUGUAGAGGAACACCGUGGACAAGAGUUGAGCAGAAUCCUAAAGGAAGUACUUCCAGAUCCCAAGAUCUCCAAUGUGCCAAAGUCUCGUCCAGGAAGAAAAACCAGCAUUGAAAGAAGAAAGAUGUCCAAACGUCUAACUGAAGAGGCCAUGUCUUACUUCGAUGAGUGUGUAUCUCUAUCCACAUUUGAUAGUUCCGACUUUUCAUCACCCGAAGACCCACCUGUCAACAUAGUUGGUUGUACUCCUAUGGACAAUAGUGUAUCCCCACUCCAAGCAAGCUCAAGUGCCUCGGUCACCAAUUUCUCCAGCAGUUUUUUCAAGGAUAAACAGGAAUCAAGCAUUCAAUAUCAGACUAUAAAUAGGCAUGAGGCUGCAGACCAAAUGGCCAGCAGUAGCCAUAUGGAUUCCACCUUAGAUCAGUCUAGUCCUACAGGCAUCAAUGAGGGAAGGGGUUGGAAAUCCCAAUCCCAUUUUUCUUUUGCGCGAAAGGCAACAGAAACUCCUGAACUUCAACAGGACAUUCAGAAGUACAUUAGAAAUUCCGAAAAAGGCGUCAAGAAGGGUGACAUAAAUUCACAAUUUGUGAGAUCGAAUGGUUGCGACUUGGGCGAGUAUGAAUUGCAGGCUGCCUCUCAAAGCUUUGUGUUUGACAGAAUGGUCAUGAGAAACAGAAUAGAGUCUGGCAGCUUGCUACUCUGUAAUGGUGGUAUCCCCCUUCCAUUUUCUCCUUUUGCCUCUUUUGUUUAAUUAAUUUAGGGCUGCCUCUGAAUGUUUAUACUUGUAUAAUACGGAAGGGAUGCUGAGAAUGAAAUUAAAAAAAAGAUAAUUUUAUAAAUACCGAAAAACAACAAAAAAAAAAUUUAUAUUUUUUUAUAGGUAA